CCUCCCUCCCUCCCAGACAGACACCCUCCCCUGCCUUCCCGCUUUGGACUCCGGCUCAGGCUCCGGUUGCAGUUUGCAACCUCCGCUGCCGCCGCUGCCAUCUCUUCGCUUGCCGCUCAGGUGGCUGUCGCUUCGAUGUCCUAACCCAAGGGCCCCCCCCCCGGGCCAGACUCGGCUGGGCUCCCUUCACCCGCGGCUGGAAUCAUGAGGGCGAUUGAAACUCUGCAGGUGCUGGGCUUCCUCCUCAGCCUGGCUCGGGGUUCCGAGAUGGGCAACUCUCAGACAGUGUGUCUUGGGACUCUGAAUGGGCUGAGUGUAAGCGGUGACGCUGAGAAUCAGUACCAGACGCUGUACAAACUCUAUGACCGGUGUGAGGUGGUGAUGGGCAACCUGGAGAUUGUGCUCACGGGACACAAUGCCGACCUUUCCUUCCUGCGGUGGAUCCGAGAAGUGACAGGCUAUGUCCUAGUGGCCAUGAAUGAAUUCUCUAUACUACCUCUGCCCAAUCUCCGAGUGGUCCGGGGAACCCAGGUCUACGAUGGGAAGUUUGCCGUGUUUGUCAUGUUGAAUUACAACACCAACUCCAGCCAUGCGCUGCGCCAGCUCCGGUUCACUCAGCUCACUGAGAUUCUCUCAGGGGGCGUUUACAUUGAGAAGAAUGACAAACUUUGCCACAUGGAUACGAUUGACUGGAGGGACAUCGUGAGGGUUGAAGAUGCUGAGAUCGUGGUGAAAAACAACGGUGGAAGCUGUCCACCCUGUCACGAAGCCUGCAAGGGGCGAUGCUGGGGCCCUGGACCGGAAGACUGCCAGAUAUUGACCAAGACCGUCUGUGCCCCUCAGUGUAACUGUCACUGCUUUGGGCCCAACCCUAAUCAGUGCUGUCACGAUGAGUGUGCAGGGGGCUGCUCUGGACCCCAGGACACAGAUUGCUUUGCCUGCCGCCACUUCAACGACAGUGGAGCCUGUGUGCCCCGGUGUCCCCAGCCUCUUGUGUACAACAAACUAACGUUCCAGCUUGAACCCAACCCCCACACCAAGUAUCAAUAUGGAGGAGUCUGUGUUGCCAGCUGUCCCCGUAACUUUGUGGUGGAUCAGACGUCUUGUGUUAGGGCCUGUCCUCCUGACAAGAUGGAAGUAGAUAAAAAUGGAGUCAAGAUGUGUGAGCCUUGUGGAGGGCUGUGUCCAAAAGCCUGUGAGGGGACAGGCUCAGGAAGCCGCUUCCAGACUGUGGAUUCGAGCAACAUCGAUGGGUUCGUGAACUGUACCAAGAUCCUGGGCAAUUUGGACUUCCUCAUCACUGGCCUCAACGGGGACCCUUGGCACAAGAUCCCUGCACUGGACCCAGAGAAGCUCAAUGUUUUCAGGACAGUGCGGGAGAUCACAGGGUACCUGAACAUCCAGUCCUGGCCUCCGCACAUGCACAACUUCAGUGUUUUCUCCAACCUCACAACCAUCGGAGGCAGAAGCCUCUACAACCGGGGCUUCUCCUUGCUGAUCAUGAAGAACUUGAACGUGACAUCUCUGGGCCUACGGUCCCUGAAGGAAAUCAGUGCUGGCCGUGUCUACAUAAGCUCCAACCAGCAGCUUUGCUACCACCACUCUCUGAACUGGACCAGACUGCUGCGGGGGCCUUCCGACGAGAGACUGGACAUCAAGAACAACCGGCCUGAGACAGAGUGCAGGAAAGAGGGCAAAACGUGUGAUCCUCUGUGCUCCUCCGGGGGGUGCUGGGGCCCAGGCCCCAGUCAGUGUUUGUCUUGUCGAAACUAUAGCCGAGAAGGUGUCUGUGUGACUCACUGCAACUUGCUGAAAGGGGAACCUCGUGAGUUUGUUCAUGAGGCCGAAUGUUUCUCCUGCCACCCGGAAUGCCUAACCAUGGAGGGCACCAGCACGUGCAAUGGCUCGGGUUCCGAUGCCUGUGCUCAGUGUGCCCAUUUUCGCGACGGGCCCCACUGUGUGAACAGCUGCCCCCACGGAAUCCUAGGCGCCAAAGGUCCAAUCUACAAGUACCCCGAUGCUCAGAAUGAAUGUCGGCCCUGCCACGAGAACUGCACCCAGGGGUCAGUGAUGGGAUGCACACUGUACAGCCGACAUUUGUGGAGCCUCAGUAAACCCAGGACUCUGGCUUCUUCUCUGUGUCCCCGUAGCAAACCCCACCUAGUGACCGCUGUGACGGCAGGACUGGCCGUGAGUCUCCUGAUUCUGGGAGGGUCUUUCCUCUACUGGCGAGGGCGCAGGAUUCAGAACAAAAGGGCCAUGAGGCGCUACUUGGAACGGGGUGAGAGCAUUGAGCCUCUGGACCCCAGUGAGAAGGCAAACAAAGUCUUGGCCAGAAUCUUUAAAGAGACAGAGCUGAGGAAGCUUAAAGCACUUGGUUCUGGUGUGUUUGGAACUGUACACAAGGGCAUUUGGAUUCCUGAGGGCGAAUCCAUUAAGAUCCCAGUCUGCAUUAAAGUCAUCGAGGACAAGAGCGGGCGGCAAAGCUUUCAAGCUGUGACUGAUCAUAUGCUGGCCAUUGGCAGCCUAGACCACGCCCAUAUUGUACGGCUCCUGGGACUAUGCCCUGGGUCAUCUCUGCAGCUUGUCACUCAGUACUUGCCUCUGGGCUCCCUCCUGGAUCACGUGAGGCAACACCGUGGGACACUGGGACCACAGCUGCUGCUCAACUGGGGGGUACAGAUUGCCAAGGGUAUGUACUACCUGGAGGAGCACGGCAUGGUGCACAGGGAUCUCGCGCUGCGGAACGUGCUGCUCAAGUCGCCCAGUCAGGUCCAGGUGGCAGAUUUUGGAGUGGCUGACCUGUUGCCGCCCGAUGACAAGCAGUUACUACACAGUGAGAUCAAGACUCCAAUUAAGUGGAUGGCCCUUGAGAGUAUCCACUUUGGGAAAUACACACAUCAGAGUGAUGUCUGGGGUUAUGGUGUAACAGUUUGGGAGCUGAUGACCUUCGGAGCAGAGCCCUACGCAGGCCUGCGACUGGCUGAAAUACCAGACCUGCUGGAGAAAGGAGAGCGGUUAGCACAGCCCCAGAUCUGCACCAUUGAUGUCUACAUGGUCAUGGUCAAGUGCUGGAUGAUUGAUGAGAACAUUCGUCCAACCUUUAAAGAACUAGCCAAUGAGUUUACCAGGAUGGCCCGUGACCCUCCACGCUACCUGGUCAUAAAGAGAGAGAGUGGGCCGGGGAUCGCUCCCGCGGCAGAGCCCUCUUCUCUGACCAACAAAGAACUGGAGGAAGUGGAAGUGGAGCCAGAGCUGGACCUGGACCUGGACUUGGAGGCAGAGGAGGACAGCCUGGCGACCACGCUGGGUUCUGUCCUCAGCUUACCUGUGGGGACACUUACCCGCCCACGUGGGAGCCAGAGUCUUUUAAAUCCCUCAUCUGGGUACAUGCCCAUGAACCAGAGUAAUCUCGGGGAGGCCAGUCUGGAUUCUGCAGUUUUGGGGGGCCACGAACAGUUCCCCCGUCCCAUCUCUCUGCACCCGAUUCCACGGGGACGUCUGGCGUCAGAGUCAUCUGAGGGUCACGUGACAGGCUCUGAGGCUGAACUCCAAGAGAGAGUAUCCGUGUGUAGGAGCCGGAGCCGAAGCCGCAGCCCACGGCCGCGAGGAGACAGUGCCUACCAUUCGCAGCGACACAGCCUGCUUACUCCUGUCACCCCACUCUCCUCACCAGGGUUAGCGGAAGAGGAUAGCAAUGGCUAUGUCAUGCCAGAUACACACCUCAGAGGUACACCCUCCUCCCGGGAAGGCACCCUUUCUUCAGUAGGUCUCAGCUCUGUGCUGGGUACCGAAGAAGAUGAAGACGAGGAGUAUGAAUACAUGAACCGGAAGAGAAGGAACAGCCCGCCUCUGCCCCCUAGGCCUGGUUCCCUUGAGGAGCUGGGCUACGAGUACAUGGAUGUGGGCUCGGACCUUAGUGCUUCUCUGGGCAGCACUCAGAGUUGCCCGCUCCAUCCCGUGGCCAUUAUGCCCUCUGCUGGCACAACUCCAGACGAGGACUAUGAAUACAUGAACCGCAGGCGAGGAGGUGUGGGUGGUCCCGGAGGGGACUAUGCAGCCAUGGGGGCCUGCCCGGCAGCUGAACAAGGCUAUGAAGAGAUGCGAGCUUUCCUAGGGCCUGGACACCAUGCCCCCCACGUUCGUUAUGCCCGACUCAAAACUCUGCGGAGUUUGGAAGCCACUGACUCUGCCUUUGACAAUCCUGAUUACUGGCACAGCAGGCUUUUCCCCAAGGCUAAUGCCCAGAGAACCUAACCUCUGCUCCUUGAACCUCCCAGGGAGCAUCUGAUGGCAGCUGGUGCCUCUUGAGGGUACCCCUUCCUCACCCCUCUCCCUCGGGUCCCACCCCCAUUUCUCCAGUCCUAGACGAUGCCAGCCAACCUUUGGAGACUCGUAAACAUAGCCUCACAAGACAUUUGUGGUAUGUAGCCAGCUGUGCACUUUCUUCUCUUCCCCAACCCCAGGGAAAAGAGAAGGCUUUCCUAUUCGUCUGCUUUCCC